UUUCGCUGGAAGUCAAUUUGUUCACGAUAGACCCGCGUAACGAAAAGGCAGUUAACAUGUCUGACAAGAAACAGACUGUAGAUUUGGGAUUAUUAGAGGAGGACGAUGAGUUUGAAGAAUUCCCAGCCGAGGAUUGGACUGGGUUGGAUGAGGAUGAAGAUGCCCACGUGUGGGAAGACAACUGGGAUGAUGACAAUGUAGAGGACGACUUCUCUAAUCAACUAAGAGCGGAGCUGGAGAAACAUGGGUACAAGAUGGAGACGUCGCAGUAGCCGCUGAGUCCACAUGGCUGUUGAGAUUGGAUAGGGAUGGACUUGAUGUUUUUUAUAUUUAUAACAUCAUACUUAAAAUGGAGGAUGUUUAACAUGCUAAACUCGCACACAUUUUUGUACGAAACCUUAGCAAGAAUAAGGUGUUUCACGAGUAAAUCCCCCCUCAACGUUAUGUAGACAUUAAAGAUGGUUCUGUUCAAGUACCUGUUUGUUCACAUACUCUUAUUUAUGCACGUUUUCCAUCUCUUUAUAUAUAAUCAGCUGGUCAGUUACUGCUUUAAUAGAAAUCCAUAUUUUACAUGUUAUGUUUUUACUAUAAAGACCACUUUGGUCCAGGGCUUUGGUUUAACAUCCAUUUAAAUACCACUUUUUGUUAGAGCCGUUGAUUUAAAAUGUAGCUUUACUGCCUGCGCAACACUUAACCUACGUUUUAAUGGUCCAGUAAUUAUUGGCCUGUGUGCCACACUCCAUCUAUUUUAAUCCACAAUAUGAAUGUUGCAUGAUGUUAGUAAAGAGUCAAGUGCUGCACUGCACAUUUUCCAUUGUAAUGCUCUUAGUUUGAAAACUACCACCCAUUUUUCACAUGGUCACUCUCCAAUAUUAAACCAUUCAAUGAA